AUGGUUUCGAAAUUUUUCAUCCAAUUGUUCCUCCUAUCCACCACCUACGCCUUCGUAGUUCAAGAAAACUACGCUCCUCCUGCGUUGACGACACAUCUCACUGGAAAAGCACUUGUAGAUCACAUUAAUACUGCUCAAACCUCCUGGCUCGCCGAGCACAAUGACAUCUCUGAUUCUGAAAUGAAGUUCAAAGUUAUGGAUGAAAGAUUUGCAGAUCCUCUUCCGGAAGAGGAGAGUGGCGAGAUUCUUGUCAGCGGGGAAAUCGUUCCGGAGCCAAUUCCAGACACAUUCGAUGCAAGAGAAAACUGGCCCGACUGCAAAUCCAUCAAAUUAAUUCGUAACCAAGCAACCUGUGGAUCUUGUUGGGCUUUCGGUGCGGCUGAAGUGAUCUCUGAUCGUAUUUGUAUUCAAUCGAAUGGAACUCAACAACCAAUUAUUUCUGUGGAAGAUAUUCUUUCGUGUUGUGGAACCACAUGUGGAAAAGGAUGUCAGGGAGGGUAUAGUAUUGAGGCAAUGAGAUUUUGGAAGUCCAAUGGAGCAGUUACCGGAGGAGAUUACAGUGGGAACGGAUGCAUGCCGUAUUCAUUCGCUCCAUGUCAAAAAUCUCCAUGUGUUGAGUCAACAACGCCCACUUGCAAGACCACUUGCCAAUCUUCAUACACGACUGCAAACUAUACAACGGAUAAACAUUACGGUACCUCUGCCUACAGACUAGCAACCACUACUAACGCCGUCUCAACUAUCCAGUACGAAAUCUAUCAUAAUGGACCAGUUGAGGCCUCUUACAAAGUAUAUGAAGAUUUCUAUCAAUACAAAUCAGGAGUUUAUCAUUAUGUCUCGGGAAAACUUGUUGGGGGACACGCAGUUAAAAUUAUUGGAUGGGGAACUGAAAAUGACGUUGACUACUGGCUGGUUGCCAAUUCUUGGGGAAUCAAAUUUGGAGAAGGCGGAUUUUUCAAAAUUAGAAGAGGUACCAAUGAAUGUCAAAUCGAAUCAAAUGUGGUGGCUGGAGUUGCAAAGUUAGGAACCCACGCUGAAAAGGGAGAUGACGAUGACGGUUCAGCAACAUCCUGCAGUUUUGUGAUGUGUACAUUGAUGAUGCUCACGUUUUAUUUGUUCUGA